AUGGCUGCCGCCGAUCCCACACCCGCUCCUCCAGAGGCAACAGAGGACGUGGACCCAAACGAUCCCGAGGUCCAGGCCUGCGCCAGUUUCGCCCUGGAGAGCUUCAGCCACUUCAGGCAGGACCCGCACCUGUACUCCAUCACCAACUUCUACUCUGUCAAGAGAGCUAACAUUGGCGGGGGCCAGUACGACAUGGACGUGGAGGUGACAAAGGCUCAGACUAUGACAGAGGAGCAAGCAGAGAGAGACUCCUCCCACACUCUGACCUCCCCGGAAGCUCAGGUGUUCCGGUGUCAGUUUGUGGUUCUGAGUGUUCCGUGGAAGAAUCAACGGGUUCUACUCCGGAGCACGUGCACCCCUGUGGCCAACAGUAGAACAGAAUCCCAGUGA